AUGAUUUUCCGGCAAGAGCCGAUGCUGAGCACUGUCUCGCUCAACUAUGACAGUGAGGCCAGCGACGAGCGACCGUCGCAACCCACGCAUACCAAAAUCCAAGCAAAUUUUCAAAUUGCCCGCCCACCACCCAAAUCCUCUCUCUGGCUCCGGCCCCGACUUCUCCUCCAGAUCCAACAAGUGAUCUCCGAUCAUCGCCCCGUCCCCGUCCUCGAAAUAUGGCAGCCGCUGUUCCGGAAGCCCAAGCUGAGCCACGACUUCCUCCAGCGGCCCAAGCUGCACCGGGGCGAUAUCUACGCGACCAGCGAUGAGUCCUAUCGCGUCCGUCCCGGUUCGCCGCGCAAGGCGCUCGCCAUGUCAGACUCAGAGGCCAGCACGAGCAGCACCGCGUCCCAGGAGGAUCAGCAGAAAGACAUUGUUGCGGUGAUGUGCCAGCUCCCGGGCGAAACGGCGCCCGCCGCGACUCUCCACUUUAGCAAUGCACAGCGCAGCUGGCAAGGCCGCGCGGGCACCGCAGGCGCUGACAACAUCCCGUGCUACCGGUUUACAAUCCACGACAAGAGCGGCAGCGACGACGAUCCGGGGCGGAUGGUCCUGCAGUGGGAAAAGCGCAAUACGGCAAAAGAGGACCUGCGGUCCCGGUCGGCGCAUGCAGAGCAGUUCGCGCUCUUCCUGAUCGAUCGGCAGAAGAAGCGGAAGAGCCGCAUAGCAACCAUGGAUCCCGGUGGACUCGAGAUCCUCAUCCGGAAGACGGACAUUAUAGAGAAUCUCCAAGUGUGCCUGGAUUUAACAAGCCCGGUGUCGUCGUCUGCUGCGGGCAGCGGCCUCGAUGCCCAUGAGAACUUAUUAACCUGGCUCUAUACCCAUGUUCUGACAUUAGGUGUUUGGGUGGCCCAGCAAGAAGGGUGGUUCAGCUAG